CAAUAACAACUUUAAGUCUGCUAUCAGCCUAUACAUAUCGAUGAUCUAGUGCAUAUCAUCCUUGUAUUGUACAUUGCGCAUCUUUAAGGGGCUGUGCUCGAGGCCUCCUUAUACGGUCCUGAAUACUCCUUUAUCGCCGCGUUCUACAAGCUUUCUCGUAGCUGUAUUCAACCUCGACAUGUGAGGUUAUCUGUACUGCCAAACCGCUGCAUUGCUGUGCCGCUUGCUGUGAGGUACGAACGUCUUGGCGAGGUCUCACAGACACACACCAGACGGGGAGCCCUGUGCAUAUCUCGAGGUCUCGUUGCCUCAACGCAUUGACCUUGAAUCUCAUUAAACCUAGGUCUUAAAAAGGACCGACACUCCAAAGCCGCACAACCUACCUACCUACAAUAUGAGCCUAGGAAUUGGUGUCGGCGACAUUAUCAAGUUGAGCGAGUGCGCGUGGGGGUUGUACAAGGCGUACAAAGAGUCAUCUGCAGACUUUGCUCAGCUCACGGCAGAUGUACUCUCUCUCCACGCGAUUCUUACCGAAAUCUCCGAGUUCCUGAGCGAAAAUGGCGACCAGCUUGACACUUCGCGGCUCAACCGGCUGGCCAUGGUCACCGGCCCAUGCGAGAAGGUGUUGAAGGACAUGGAGGCAUUGUAUCUGAAGUACGACAGUCUCGGCACCCAGCAACAGAGAACUUGGGACCGCCUGAAGUAUGGGUUGAAGGAUUUGUCUGAACUCCGCAGGCGCUUGAUCACUUCGGUAACCAAUCUCACGGCCUGGUUCUCUAUCGUCCUCGCAAGGACCACGCGUCUUGAGAAGAAGCUGGACAAAUUCAUCUCCGAGGUUCGAGGCGGCUUACGUGAAAAAUCAGUAGCCAGCGCGCCCGAUGCUGCGCAGGCAAUCGAGUCGCCCGACGUGUGGUUCGAGCUGCGAAGGGAGCUCGAGGACGUGGGCAUCAGCCCGGCCGUGCUCGAGGAGAAGAAGGACUACAUCCUCGGCUGGCUCAAGCAGGUUCUAUCCGACGGAGGACUCGACGAAACAUGCAAUGAUGCUGCUCCAAAAUUGCCGCCUUACAGCCUCGAGCCUCCAACAAGUGACAUGACUCACCCCAGUUUCGGAGAACAGGACGCUUCGUCACUGCAUGUGGGCAAUGGCAACCACGUCUCGUCAGGAUUGCCUCUUACCACUGCCAACGAUGCGUUUGAGGAGGAACUGAAGCGCCAACAUCUCGAGUGGCCGCUGGACGCCAAGGGCUCGGGAGACCACAAACAAGGGACAUCAUUCCCAGACAGGGUUGCAAUCCCCUCGAUAAAAAUCCGACGACGCACCGACCCUGUGGUCAUGAUCAAGAAGCUGUUCAAGAACAACACCGAUAUCAUUGAGGCCGCGAGCGACGGCGACCUGGAGCGGGUGGCCAAGCUGAUCAGUCUGGGCAUGGACGUCAACGCCCGGGAACGUUGGGGCUGGUCAGCCCUGAGCAUGUGCGGUUACGGGGGCCACAGGGAGAUUGCCCGCAUCUUACUUGACCACGGAGCGGAUUUGGAUAAUGUCGACGUGGAUGGCGACACACCCGGAAGCUUGGCUGCGCAAAGGGGGCAUACAGAGCUGGUUAUUAUGUUUGACGAGGAACGGGAGGCGAGAGAUCGGAGGGUUAGGGAGAUGGGAUAGACGAGUUCCGGGCACUGGAGGACAGGCCUGACGGAUGUGGGCGGCAGGUAGGUAAGUAGGAUAUCCCCUUAUCAGUACGAUGGUUGUGGUCAAAGGGGCCCGUUGGCGAUUGCAUCAUCUUUAUUGGGGCUAGGAUAUAAUGUGCGUGUUGGACAUAUGGCAAGGGGGCUAUCCGUCACAGGUUUCCUGGCCCAAAUCUCCUUCUCGAUAGCUGUAUAGUAUUUAUGUACAACCUGGUACUCAUGUCCGAUGUGUAUCGGACUUUGGUAAGGUACGAUAAUGCGAUAUGUUACGAGUCACUUGUUCCAGAGGGACAUGUAGUAGUAGCUAAGACAGCAACACGAUAUAACG